UAUGCUGUGCUCAUUUUAGGAGUACACAUUGGUGUAAACAAGAGUUCAUAAAAUAUGUUGAUAUUGCUUGACAUUUACUAUGCCCCACUUCAAAACGGACCUCAGAGGAAAAGUGAAGGAGUUUUGGUUAUGAAGGGGCGGGGCUGUUUUCACACCCCAAAACGUCACAGUUACGUUGCAGGAAACGAGUUUCUACAGCUACCCUCCCCCACAUCACACUCGCUGACCAUCAAUUAGGAAACGCGCGCUUUGCUACCUGCACAAAAGGAAGGCGUUGAGAAGAGUGAGCGUACGAGUCAGCAUCAUCGAGAAAACCCCAGAAAGUGACAAAUACUUCAGAAUUAAAGCAGAUGGACAAUCCCACUGAAGAUGGUGAUUAUUCUGACUCAAGUCUUUUUGGAUCAGAUGAGGAAUACAAACCAACUGAGACAUCCUCUGAGUCGAGUGAUGACGAGAAGAUAUUCCAUCCAAAGGUAGAAAAAUUGUUCUCUUAUGAUACAUCCAGUGAAGACUCUACAAGUCAUCAGACAUAUGAAGCAGAGGAGCACAGUCAUGUCUGCAAUUCGUAAAGAAGCCCCAAAAAGGGAAAAGCAUCUCUCCAAAAGAGGGAAGACUGAAUUGGAUGAUUCGAGUCCAGGCGGGGACCCUGGCGGUCCGAUCCUUGGCUGCAGAAGCUAGCUCUUGGGACAUGGAAUGUCACCUCUCUGGCAGGGAAGGAGCCCGAGCUGGUGUGUGAGGCAGAGAAGUUCCGACUGGAUAUAGUCGGACUUGCCUCCACACACAGCCUGGGUUCUGGUACCAGUUCUCUCGAGAGGGGUUGGACUCUCUUCCACUCUGGAGUUGCUCACGGUGAGAGGCGCAGAGCAGGUGUGGGCAUACUCAUUGCCCCCCGCCUCAGUGCCUGUACAUUGGGGUUCACACCGGUAGACGAGAGGGUUGCCUCCCUCCGCCUUCGGGUGGGUGGACGGGUCCUGACUGUUGUUUGUGCAUAUGCACCAAACAGCAGCUCAGCAUACCCACCCUUUUUGGAGUCCUUGGAGGGUGUGCUGGAGAGUACUCCUGCUGGGGACUCCAUUGUUCUGCUGGGGGACUUCAAUGCUCACGUGGGCAAUGACAGUGAUACCUGGAGGGGCGUGAUUGGGAGGAACGGCCCCCCCCGAUCAAAACCCGAGUGGUGUUUUGUUAUUGGACUUCUGUGCUCGUCACGGAUUGUCCAUAACGAACACCUUGUUCAAACAUAAGGGUGUCCAUAUGUGCACUUGGCACCAGGACACCCUAGGCCGCAGUUCGAUGAUCGACUUUGUAGUUGUAUCAUCGGAUUUGCGGCCGCAUGUUCUGGAUACUCGGGUGAAGAGAGGGGCGGAGCUGUCAACUGAUCACCACCUGGUGGUGAGUAGGCUCCGAUGGUGGGGGAAGAUGCCGGUCCGUCCUGGCAGACCCAAAUGUAUAGUGAGGGUUUGUUGGGAGCGUCUGGCGGAAUCCCCUGUCAGAAGGAGUUUCAACUCCCACCUCCGACAGAGCUUUUCCCAUGUUCCGGGGAAGACGGGGGACAUUGAGUCCGAGUGGACCAUGUUCCGUGCCUCUAUUGUUGAGGCGACCAAUCUGAGUUGUGGCCGUAAGGUGGUUGGUGCCCGUCGUGGCGGCAAUCCCCGUACUCGCUGGUGGACACCAGCAGUAAGGGAUGCCGUCAAGCUGAAGGAGUCCUAUCGAGCCUUUAUGGCCUGUGGGACCCCAGAGGCAGCUGACGGGUAUCGACUGGCCAAGCGGACCGCGGCUUCGGUGGUCGCCGAGGCAAAAACCCGAGCGUGGGAAGAGUUCGGUGAGGCCAUGGAAGCGGACUUCCGGACGGCUUCGAGGAAAUUCUGGUCCACCAUCCGACGUCUCAGGAGGGGGAAGCAGUGCACCACUAACACUGUGUACAGUGGGGAUGGGGCGCUGCUGACUUCGACUCGGGACGUUGUGAACCGGUGGGCAGAGUACUUCGAAGACCUCCUCAACUCCACCAACACGCCUUCCUUGGAGGAAGCAGAGCCUGGGGACUCUGAGGUGGGCUCUCCUAUCUCUGUGGUUGAAGUCACCGAUGUGGUUAAAAAGCUCCUCGGUGGCAAGGCCCCAGGGGUGGAUGAGAUCCGCCCGGAGUUCCUCAAGGCUCUGGAUGUUGUGGGGCUGUCCUGGUUGACACGCCUCUGCAACAUCGCGUGGUCAACAGGGAGAGUGCCUCUGGAUUGGCAGACCGGGGUGGUAGUCCCUCUUUUUAAAAAGGGGGACCGCAGGGUGUGUUCCAACUACAGAGGGAUCACACUCCUCAGCCUCCCUGGUAAGGUCUAUUCAGGGGUGCUGGAGAGGAGGGUCCGUCAGGAAGUCGAGCCUCCAAUUGAGGAGGAGCAGUGUGGUUUUCGUCCCGGCCGUGGAACAGUGGACCAGCUCUUACACCCUUAGCAGGGUCCUUGAGGGUAUGUGGGAAUUCGCCCAACCAGUCUACAUGUGUUUUGUGGACUUGGAGAAGGCGUUUGACUGUGUCCCUCGGGGAGUUCUGUGGGGGGUGCUUCGUGGGUAUGGGGUACCGAACCCCCUGAUACGGGCUGUUCGGUCACUAUACCACCGAUGUCAGAGUUUGGUUCGCAUUGCCGGCAGUAAGUCGGAAUCGUUUCCAGUGGGGGUAGGACUCCGCCAAGGCUGCCCUUUGUCGCCGAUUCUGUUCAUAACCUUUAUGGACAGAAUUUCUAGGCGCAGCCGAAGCGUUGAGGGGGUCAGUUUUGGGGGCCUCAGUAUUACAUCCCUGCUUUUUGCAGAUGAUGUGGUGCUGUUGGCUCCUUCAAACGGGGCUCUCCAACUCUCACUGGAGCGUUUCGCAGCCGAGUGUGAAGCGGUUGGGAUGGAAAUCGGCACCUCCAAAUCUGAAACCAUGGUCCUCGGUCGGAAAAGGGUGGAGUGCCCCCUCCGGUUCGGGGAGGAGAUCUUACCCCAAGUGGAGGAGUUCAAGUAUCUUGGGGUCUUGUUCACGAGUGGGGGUAGGAGGGAGCGGAGAUCGACAGGCGGAUCGGUGCAGCGUCUGCUGUGAUGCGGAUGUUGUAUCUGUCUGUCGUGGUGAAGAAGGAGCUGAGCCAAAGGGCGAAGCUCUCAAUUUACCGGUCGAUCUACGUCCCAACCCUCACCUAUGGUCACGAGCUAUGGGUCGUGACCGAAAGAACGAGAUCCCGGAUACAAGCGGCUGAAAUGAGUUUUCUCCGCAGGGUGUCCGGGCUCUCCCUUAGAGAUAAGGUGAGAAGCUCAGUCAUCCGGGAGGGGCUCAGAGUCGAGCCGCUUCUCCUCCACAUCGAGAGGAGCCAGAUGAGGUGGCUUGGGCAUCUGAUUCGGAUGCCUCCUGAGCGCCUCCCCGGUGAGGUGUACCGGUCAUGUCCCACCGGGAGGAGACCCAGGACACGCUGGAGAGACUAUGUCACCCAGCUUGCCUGGGAACGACUCGGGAUCCCCCGGGGAGAGCUGGAAGAAGUAGCUAGGGAGAGGGAAGACUGGGCUUCCCUGCUAAAGCUGUUGCCCCCACGACCCGGCCCCGGAUAAGCGGUAGAUGAUGGAUGGAUGGAAAAAAUAUUACACCCAAAGAGCAGGCAAAAUCUAAAUUGGAGAAAAAGACAAGGUCUCCCAGAGCAAAUUUGAGGAGACCAUGGAAUGAAGAAGAAAAGGCUGCUGUGGAAAAACACCUGGGGAGACUUAUAAAAGGGUGUCAAGCAAGAACAAUGCACUGACUGCAAAAUGAAAGAGCCGCAGGCCUUGGCUCAAAAAACCUGUAAAGACGUAAAGAACUUCAAGAAAAGAUCUGCUUCUCGAGUUCUUCAUUUUUAAAUUUAAAUUUUCUUGCUGGAGUAUUUUUUUUUUCAAUUCUUUUCUAUUCUUCCUGAGCAGUGUUGUUAAAAAUGUUCUACUUGAGGUGAGAUUUAAUGUUGACAUGUACUUAUAAAGUUUUACAAUAUAUUUGAUUUAGUUCCGUAAAUUAAUUGGCCAAAGCAUGGGUCACUUUUAUUGUAGUAGUAAUUGUACAGCAAUCAAUCGGUUCAAGUUGUGAUUGAUAUAUAAUGUAUAAAUGAGGAACU